GACGUCAUGUAGUGGGCGGGCUAAAGAUGCUCUACAUGAGGAAAUAGACUGUAAGCAGAGUCAUAUUUCUGGUUAUUUAUGCGAUUAGAUUCGAGUUCAAAUGUGAACAUGGACACAGGUGUGUUCCUCCUCGCGCUCAUAGCGUGCGUUGCCCGUCCUGCUGAAGCGCUGGACAAUGGUCUCGCGCUGAAACCCACCAUGGGCUGGCUGCACUGGGAGAGGUUCAUGUGUAAUGUCGACUGUGAUAAGGACCCCGAUAACUGCAUCAGGUAAGAGACUCCAGAGCUGUCAGGUGAUCAAGAUUGAGCAGCACGGUCAUAAACACACAUAAGACUUUUGGUCUCUCCUGAAAAAUAAACACAAUUUCCGUUUUCCUACUGUCAACAGGAUCUAUAAACUGAUAUUAUGUAAUAACUUUGCACUAAUUACAACCUAAAACCCAGAAGAGUAGGGGAGAGUGGGGUAAGAUGAGCCAAAGGGUAAGUUGAUCCACCCCCUGUUGUUUGGAAAUGGUAAAAGAAAUUGAUCAUGUGACCAAAUAUUUAGGAGAUGGGCAUCAAUUCAUGGAGUCUGUGAAGGUUAGAAGCACAUGGGUGAAGAGGUUAGACAUUUAUUUCCAAAAAAACAUUUUUCACUCUUGAAAGUGAAUUUAGUCUGUCAUAAGUUUUAUUGGAAUUGUGUUUAGACCAAAAAAGAUCAUUUUUAAUUUGUUUUAUACAACAAUUGUGGUAUCUAUGAGCUACAAUAUGAGGUCAAAAACCUAGCAUAAAAGUCCACCAUUUUAGCUUAGAGGACUAAUAAAGUCAUUAUAGUAGUUCGAGGGUAAGUUGAGCCAUUUAGCCAUGGGUAAGUUGAGUAGUAGGGAAACGGGUCAACUUACCCCAUACACGGGGUAAGUUGACCAUAGGAGGACACUUUUUUUGGCAUGCUAUAUUAUCAAGAUAGUUAUGUUUACACUCAUUCUGUUGGUUUGCAGGGGUGCACAACAGCUUGAAAUAAAUGCAGAUACACUAGUUAGGCUACGUUCACACUGCAGGUUAUGAUGCACAAUUCAGAUUUUUUGUGAAAUCCAAUCUUUUUGUGCGGUCGUUCACAUUACAACAACAAAUGCAGCAUCUAAUGUGAACGGAAUGCGUCCGUGAAGUGACCCGCAUGUGCACAAAUUGCUGUCUGCGCCUGUUUGUGUUGUCGAACAACGGUGACGUUUGUCGCAUAUUGAUGGCGUAUAGGUCGGAUGAACGCGACCUGAGUGUCCACACUGCAGUCAAAUCGGACACAUAUCCGAUUUAUAUCCACAUACAAAAGAGGCCUGGGUCAGAUUUGAAAAAAUCAGAAUUGCACUGUUCACACUUACAUGAUGCGUGUCACAUAUGGUUAAAAAAUCAGAAUUGACCUGGAGUGUGAACAUAGCCUUAGAGACAAAACUAUAAUUACCUUGAUGUAGUGAUCCGAAAUAUGAAAAAUGUCUCAUCUUACCCCACUCUCCUCUAUAUGGUUGAUAAAACAGAUUUUUUUUUUAUUUCAACCCCAAUUUUAAUUGAAAAUAGUUAAAAGACAAUCUAUCUAAUGCUGAACCAGUUUUUUUGUUUGUCAUAUUUAUGGUUUCCCCCUUGUGUAUUAGUUUUUACCUGGGAUACAGUGACAAACUGUGUUCCCAGACAUAAAUGAUAAAAAUAAAAUGUAUUAUUAAAGCACUUUUCAUCUAAAUUAUGUACAAGAAGUAAAAUAUGAGGAUUAAAGCACGUUAAAACAAAACAUAAUCCUAAAAACGAAACGCAGGAUCUGUACAAGGAUGUGUAACAAGAAUCAACAGCCAUUAAAACCGUCAUGUGUUUGUAUCCUCCAUAUUACUCUUGCGUCACACACUGAACACACUUUGCUAACUAAUAUUAUGGGCCCUGCCUGCCUCUUCUUGUUUCUCUUUCUUGCAGUGAGCGUCUUUACAUGCAGAUGGCGGAUGUGAUGGUGAAGGAGGGCUGGAAGGAUGCUGGUUAUGAGUACAUCUGCAUCGAUGACUGCUGGCCCAGCCGCCAACGUGAUGCCAAGGGCCGCCUGCAGGCACACCCCAAAAGAUUCCCAGGAGGCAUCAAGAAACUAGCUGACUAUGUGAGUAGCAGGUAUUAUAAGAGAAGGGCCUGGGUGCGCACUAUCCAGUACCAUAACUCCUCAAGACUUAGAAGACAGGAGGAUUUAAGGUUUUAGGAAAACAAAAAAAAUCAGUUUAGUUUUCGGUGAUUUACUAUAUGGAGGAGGAGAAAUUUUAGGUUUUCAGCCUUUUUUGGCACCAUACUGAAAGAGUAUAGGGAUAAUAAUGUUGAGUCAUGUUUGAUUUUACACAUUUGUGGAGCUGUGACUCUGUAGGGUGUGUGGUGUUUGAGAAGUGGUGGUGGUACAAUACAUCUGCAAAUCUUUGUCGAAUUAAAAGUUUGGAAAUUCCCAGUGGAGUGACUCUCAAGUAAAAGUGAUUACACAGUCACAUUACAUAUUCAUUGUACUUCCAUCUGAGCGGACUUGCAAUUAUUUACAUAAUGAAGGGGAAAAGACCAGAUGUGGAAAUUAAGCCUCAGAUUUCAUACCAGUGGAAAUCCAGCACCUGGAGUAGAGGGAGAUUCAGUAUGUGGGCAUAUAUUGUGUAACAGCAGGUAGGAGGAUGCUGUCAUUCAGCCUCUCUGCUGCAGUCACAGCACAGAGAAACUCCUAAUUUGAAGACCACUAUGACAGGCAGCUAAGAAGAUGUUCACCAGAAAACUAGAAGUUGUUCAAGGAGGCAGAGCUGAGUCCUGAACAAGAGGCAUCAAGUUUUUAAGUUGUGCAAUAUCACCACCUACUGGUAGAUACCCAGACUAGACCAUCCUGGAACAGAUGUGUUCGUGGCAAUAAAAGUGGAUUAAUUCAAUUUUCUGUUCAAAGAUCCAUUCCAAAGGACUGAAGCUGGGCAUCUAUGCAGAUGUGGGGAAAAACACCUGUGCUGGAUACCCCGGUAGCCUGGGUUACUAUGAGACAGAUGCUCAGACUUUUGCUGACUGGGGUGUGGAUCUACUGAAGUUUGAUGGCUGCUUUAUGGAGUGGAAACUGCUGGGAGAAGGUGAACUUGUAAAUCUUUAGUAUAGCUCACAUGUUUUAGACCAGUCCCUUCGUAUUGCUAUGUAAUUCACUUCAAGCACUUCUCAUUUAAGCCCAUAAUAAUCAAAUCUCUAUGGAUGUCUUUGUACCUUUUUUCUUAUUCGUCUCCUCCCGAUAUGUUAUAAUUUUCAGGUUAUGUGAACAUGUCGAAAGCGCUGAACAAAACUGGGGCCAAUAUCCUGUACUCCUGUGAGUGGCCUUUGUAUGAGUGGCCGUUUAGACAGGUAAGAGGGCAUGCAUUUCUCUAAACCUCACUUCAAAACAGUGCUGCGACAAGAAGUUAAUUUUGUAGUUUGAAUGAACCAAAAGUGACUUCAUUAAGAAAAAAAGGGUAUUACCAUAUUUUCCGGAGUAUAAGUCGCACCAGCCAAAAAAAUGCAUAAUGAAGUAGAAAAAACAUAUACUGGUAUAAGUCGCAUUUUUUGGGGGAAAUUCAUUUUACAAAAUCCAAGACCAAGAGAAAGACAUUUCAUCUUGAAAGGCAAGUGAUAAUAAUAGCAACAGAAUAGAGAACAACAGGCUGAAUAGGUGUAUGGUACGCUAACAUAUAUUUCACUACUUGCAGCUUGUAAUCCGCAGAAUGAUUUUCUUUUUGGCGGCAUUUGUGCUCAGUCUUUCUCAGUUGUCUAUACGAGUUAACGUGAUUUUUUUUAAUUUUCAGUGGUACGGGAGUAGCAGAUCCUGGUACACCUGCCUAGAAUGCCCUAUAACUGCUGUCAGUGUGAAAAUAACUAACGUGUGAAAUUAUAUAUUUUAAUACAUUUAAGUCGCACCUGAGGAUAAGUGGCAAAUCCAGCCAAACUAUGAAAAAAGUGUGACCUAUAGUCCAGAAAAUACAGUAAUUCAUUAUUAACCAAAUAACCAUCAGUAGAACCAACAUACAUUAUUUUAUCUAUUUUUUACUUUUCAAUUUUUUAUCCACAACUGCGUCAUCACCCAGUUCUCCAUGUGUGGUACUACAUUAAAAAUGCCCCUUCGUGCCUGCAGCCAAACUACACAGCCAUCCGUGAGACGUGUAACCACUGGCGUAACUAUGCUGACGUGUUCGAUUCGUGGAACUCGGUCAAGUCCAUCUUGCAGUGGACUGCAUCUCAUCAAGACAUCAUUGUCCCUGCAGCUGGACCUGGGGGCUGGAAUGACCCUGAUAUGGUACUCUGCUCUACUCUUUUCUAUUUUUAACAUCCAAACUGAGCAAAGAUUGAGGGCUCUCCAGUCUCAAGGAUUCAAACAGUACAACACAGACAUUCUCGAUAACAAAAGUAUCCCUCAUGUUCAGUUUUAGUUGGAGCACAAACUGUCAAAAUAGACCUUAUCAUCCUGUUAUUUAUGUGGAUGACAUUUGUCUGUUUCUUCAGCUCGAUAUCGGAAACUUCGGCCUGAGUCAUGUCCAAGAGGAGUCUCAGAUGGCAUUAUGGGCCAUCAUGGCAGCCCCUCUGCUCAUGUCUAAUGAUCUGAGAGAUAUCUGUCCUCGGUCCAAGGAGCUGCUGCAGAACAGUCACAUCAUAGCCAUCAACCAGGAUCCUCUGGGCAAACAGGGAUACCGCACAGCCACGGUGGGUGACUAAGAGCAUGAUAACCUUGUAUGACCACAGUGAGCCUUUCUAGUCUGUUAACACGGAAAUAUGAGAGGUUUUGUGCUCGCUUAGACGGAGUCCUGUAGCAACAAAGACUUUUAGCUGCAAGUAUGACUCAGAUGAAUUCAGGUAGCAUUAAAAUGAUCUUAAUGCAUGACAUAACCAGACCUUUUCUACAGGAGGACCACUUUGAGGUCUGGGAGAGGCCUUUGUCUCAGAACCGACUGGCUAUUGCCGUAAUGAACAAAAUGGAGAUCGGAGGCCGAAGAGAGUUUUUCAUCAGAGAGACCCCCAGCUGGAAAAUCUGCAGCCCCCAGUGUAACGUCACCCAGAUCCUGCCUCAGUACAAGGAAAUGGGUCUUCAAACCCCCCAGAGUGACUUGGUUGUGUCUGUCAGUCCUUCAGGAACUGCUCUACUGACCGUCACUCCAAUCAGAGACUUCACAAGCUUUCACAAGCUGCACCAGAACGACCUCACAGUUCAUCACAAGCGCAUCAUUCUCUAGUUUGAAAUGGGUUUUGCACUCAAGUGUUCACAGUUGUACUUUAAGUGUUUAAUUUAUGUAAAUUUUAAAUUAUGAGUUGUAUUGAUUGUGCAAGAGACUUACAUUGAUAAAGUCACUGGAAAAUGUUUUUACACUGUUGUAUUAAACUGAACAGGCAUGGAUAGUAAAAAUUGAUGAUUUUCAGAGACGGGGCUGAAGUUUAGUAUAUCUGACAGUUUCAGUGAAACACAA